GGCAACCCUGAUAAAAAUAAUCUUAUCUCAUGGUAUUCUAAGAACCUACGCAAUUCUUUUGAUUCGUUAAAUCAAAACAAUUGUGUUUAUCAAAAUACAAGCAGCUAAUUGUUAAACGUCCGCUAAUUGUCAUAUAAGAUUACCUCCCAGUUAAUGUUUCAUCAUACGAUUUUACGUCAUUAUCCACUUUUCCCGAUUGCUAAUACGAGCGAAUUGCGUAAAAAUAACGCAGAGCCUAUUAAAUCGUGUUCGCGAUUAUUCUUUGCGCUAUUUCACUCGUAAACUUAGUUUUAUUGGCAAAUGAAUAUGUUUGGUAUUAGAGUAACUUUUCAGUUAAUAUUUGUUUAUUAUUUACUGGCCAAGAGCUCUUGGGGACUGUCUCCUGUAAUACUUAUUCCUGGUGAUGGAGGUAAUCAAUUAGAAGCAAGACUUAACAGAUCGUUAGUGGUCCACUACAUUUGUAGUAAAACCUCAGCCGACUACUUUAAUAUAUGGUUGAACCUUGAACUUCUCGUGCCUUAUAUUAUUGACUGUUGGGUUGAUAAUCUAAGAUUGGAAUAUGACAAUGUUACGAGAACAACUCACAGCCCCGUUGGAGUUGAAGUCCGAGUUCCAGGCUGGGGUAACACAGAACCAGUUGAAUGGUUGGAUCCGUCUCAUCAGUCAUCUGGAGCAUAUUUCAAUAGUAUAGCAGAUUCUCUAGUCAGCAUUGGUUAUGUUAGAAAUGUAUCCAUCAUAGGAGCUCCGUAUGACUUCAGAAAAGCUCCAAAUGAAAACCAAGAAUUCUUCAUAAAGUUUAAAAGCUUAGUAGAAGACACUUAUAACAAGAACAAUAAGACAUCAGUUACCUUAAUAGUGCAUAGUAUGGGAGGCAGAAUGGCAUUACAUUUCCUUCAGCUCCAAACUCAAAAAUGGAAGGAUCAGUACAUAAGAAGGAUGAUUUCUCUUUCCACACCCUGGGCAGGGUCCAUGAAGGCUGUUAAAGUAUUUGCUAUUGGCGAUGAUCUCGGCUCAAGGAUGUUGUUCGAGAGCACAAUGAGGACCCAGCAGAUAACCUGUCCCUCGCUGGCCUGGCUGCUACCCUCACCCUUGUUCUGGAAGCCUAAUGAAGUUCUGGUGCAAACUGACAAAUAUAAUUACACGAUAAACGACUUUCAAAAGUUGUUCAAUGACAUGGAGCUACCCAACGCUUGGGAGAUGAAAAAGGACACUGAGAAAUACACAAAGGACUUCAGCGCUCCCGGCGUCGAACUGCACUGCGUGUACGGGUACAACGUCGCCACUGUGGAGCGGUUGGUAUACAAGGCUGGCACGUGGCUGGACGGCUACCCCGCGCUGGGCACGGGCGACGGCGACGGCACCGUCAACCUGCGGUCCCUGGGCGCCUGCGAGCACUGGCGGAAACGCCGCGGACGCACCACGCUCAACGGAGGCAAGCCCGUCAAGUCACUGCCACUCAGCAACGCAGAACACCUCAAGAUCCUCCACGACAAACGCGUCAUCGACUACAUCACCACUGUCAUGAGCAACUAGAUCUUAGAGAAGUUCAACUUCUCUAAGUGCGAUAGGUCAUUCUAAGGUCAUCUCGUUUCUAUAGUGUAACUACUGCCAAGAAGUUUCACUUCUAUCAUUUUCAUCUAAAUGAAUAAUCCAGUUUGUGUAGAAUUCAAAUUACACUUACUUAUUAUUACUUAUUAAAGUAAAAUUAAUUAAUUUCACAUAUUAGAGAUAUUCAAAGGAACUGCUUAACGAAAGUGCUUUCGUGAGGCUGGUCCGGCCGAGGGCUGUGUUGUGCUUAUAUUAACUACGUAGUCAAUGUGUCAUCUUAAGAAAUGUAAAAUAACUUGUUAAUUUUAUGUUCAUAGAACAAUAAUACAUGUUGUAUAAUAUAUUAUUAAUAAUCAACUAAUUGUAACUUGUCCUUUCGUCAUACCUCUGUGUGCUUGGCCUCAGUUAUACAAUAACCGUUGUCCCAGUUAUGCGUUUAGUGAAGAAUAUCUCUUGCCGAACUUAUUAUUUUUAAAUUGCUCAUUAUUGAAAUUGUUUAAAAUGAUAUUAUACUUUUACUAAUUUUUAAAUACUUUUUAAAUACUUUUACUAAUUUUUUUAUAUUAGUAAGUAUUCAAAAAUCUUUAUAACAUAUCAUCUCAUUGUCUCAUUGUGUUAAAUAAAUGUUUACAAUUACAAUACAAUUAAUGAUACGUAACACAAGAUGAAAUGUUAUUAAUGUAAGGAAUUAAUUUAGUUCAUUAAAUUGAACCAAAUUAAUUACGGAACAGAGUUAUUAUAUAAAUUUGUUAAUUAACAUGCAUUGUAAUGUUUUUAUUAAUUAUGUUUGUGUCUUAGCUUAUACUUUUCAUGUUAGUCGCGGUGAUACGAAUAGACCACUAAUUUUUAUUUGUUCAUGACAAAAACUAACGAUAGAUAGAGCUGACUGACGUGAACACAUCUGUUCAGAAAAAUACUGAAUUUUAAUAAAACAGAUGGCGCCACCACCACACCGCGCAGCUUGCAGUAGACACAGAUAAUUAUACCCAAACAGUCACUAUGACAAACUUAUCUCAAAUAAGGUUUUGUCUCCCCACAGUGAGCGUUGUACUCUCACAAAGCCCUCAAUAAUUCGAUGCUUAAGCUAUCUUAUUGCUCUCUAUUUUAAUUAGAAAUGCAUACAUUUUUGUAUUAAGUUUUAGCGGUGUUUUGAAUUUUGUAUAAAAUUAAAUGCCUACAUGAAUUUGUCUAGGUUUUAGAUACAUUUGCUCAAUCUGUUAUUGAUGUAAGCACUCGUUCAAGCAUCUAUGCAUAUUUCACGGACAUUCACGUGUAUGUAUUUAAUGAAGCAUUUUUUUUAAUUUCUGCAUUUAAAAUUAUUGAGAAAAUCUGCUUCUGGAUAUUGUUUAAGUUAUCACAGUAUCAAACUGAGCCGUUUUUUAAUUUCUAAACCAAAAUACAGACAAGCCAAAAGUUUAUCAGUAAUACUAUUGUUGGAUGGAUAACAUUUCACACAUAAGUGCAAAUACCCGAAAAUUUACUUUUUAACUUUAGAUAUACAAUUGUAAUAACAACUAAUUAUUUCCAACAAGAAUAAUGAAUAAAUGACUUGUUCUGUGAUAAUUUUAUAGUCUUCAGCUUAUUAUUAUAUCAAUAAUAAAUCAUUUAAUGGGCUGGUUAGUUUGAUUUUUAACUUCAAAUUAUAUUGCUUUUAUUAUGGUUAAGGCUCACGCUAUGUAAGUGAAAUAAAUGUAAUUAACAUUUAACAAUAAUUAAAUGUUCCUAGUCUCGGAUUUUGUAAUUAUGUAUUUUUUAAAGUACCAUAUUUUAAUUUAACCUUUUAUGACGUUGGUUUCCCUGGUUGGAAUUCCUUAGAAACAUCUUUCUAUCUCUUUGGCAACAUUUCAUUCGCUGACAAAUUAAACUCAGAUUUAUAGGGUUCCUGAUUGAUUAAUCGAAGACAUUAUUUUUCGCUAACAAAAUAAACGAAAAAAAAAUCUCAAAAGAAGAUACUCUCAAUUUUGUUUUACAAGAACUCUAGAAUUCUGAUUUGAAAAGAACAAGUUUUAAAAGUUACGUUCAUUGUCUUGACGAUUUAUUUUUUAUAAUGUGGGCUUAUCCCACAUUCCAUGCACAUACACAUUUACUCUUCACAAUAUAAAACUUAUAUAAUAUAUUUAUUUAAUAUAAUUAUUAAUACACACAGAGUAUACAUUCACACAUAUAACAUAUCUAUUAAUAUAUUAUUACUACAUUACAUAUAAAACAGACAUACACACACGACAAUUUAUCGUGCCGCGUCAAUCAGCUGGUCGCCCGUUCGUUCGCGCUGUGGACACGCGCGCUUGAACGGAAUGUCGCGGGUAGCUGGAAAAUAUACUCUUGCGCUGAACUUGCGCUUGACUCCUCGUACUGAACGCACGUCGCUUUCGCUAAUUAUAUACUGUUUUAUUGUUUUCGAAGCUUUUGCAUCUCUUGUGAUAACGCGCUUUCUUUGUGUCUAUCGUUACUGUACUGUCGUGUAAAGUGUCUUCUGUGUACUGUUUAUAAACUGAAUCUCUUCAGUGCUCAUAACCUUCUAUUCUUCAUAAUUUUAAUAAUAUAGACCGUGUUGUAUUUUCGUGUGGACUAAGUGUAAAUUUUAAUAAACAUUUAAUUAGUGUGCAAGGUGUCGUAUUUCAUUUAUUAUCCGAACACCGACGGCGCCUACUCAGGUACUUACUUACCUUUACCACAUUACGCUACGCGUCCGGACGACGACGCAUACAUACUACUCCAUCCACAUCCAUACGGGAGACUACAAUUCUCGUCUAUAAUAACAAACCUUAAGGGCCAUUCAUUACACACUUAGUUAAAAAUGUUAUGAAAGUUCUUUUGCCAAGGUGAUCGUAAAAUAAUCUCUUUUUUUUUUAAGAAUUAAUAGCGGCCCGGAGGCCGUUCCAGUUUCACCAGGACAGGUCAUAACAAUCUCACUACAGACAAAGCAAUCAAUCCAAUUAUGUCGUGCCUAAUUCAAAUAUUAUAUUUAUAACGUAUAAUAAAAUCACAUGUUUUAUUACUAUUAUUAUCUACCUUGUCGCAAAUAUACUCGUGAUGUUAGUGCUAUUGGCUAAAUACCGCGGGGGGGGGGGGGUGGCCGAGCCCGUCCGCCACGCGAUUCCUUCGUCUUAGUUAUUCGAUUGUUAUUUUUAAGUGUAAAAGGCAACUUGAAAUGUCUGUGAUUAAUACCUCUAUGAUGCUCUGUUUAGUCAAUUUGUUUUUCAUACUUUAAAUAAAUCGUUUGAGCGAGAUGAA